AUGUUGGUAGCCGAUGGAAACCCUAGCAGUAACAGAGAUAUUGCAAUUUUUAUACCGUUUAUGUCGAGCUCUAAAUGUAUUCGACCGAUUUACAUAGACUCUAUUGACACUUUCAAAAAAACUAUUUUUAAGUUUGAAGCUCUUCCAUAUCGAAUCGACAUAGGGGCUUCUUACGAUCGACCAAUUGCAAAAUCCCCUCAUAGUUCGACUCAGCCACUCAGAACCCCAGAAUUUUUUUUCAGAGAAUUUAUUAUUGAUAUUGAUAUUGACGACUAUGACAUUGUUCGUACUUGUUGCAAAGGGAAGACAAUUUGUGGAAAAUGCUGGGUGUUGAUGAAAAUUUGCACCAAGGUUUUAGUAAAAUUGUUGACCGAACAUCUUGGAUUCACAGAAGUUUUCAUCGUUUAUUCGGGGAACAGAGGACUACACUUCUGGGUGUUUGACCGUACAGCCGGCCAAAUGGACAAUGCUCUUCGAGCAGCCGUGACGACAUACAUAUCACUUGUUCCAAAAAUUGAAACCAACGCAUUCAUACCAAAGUUACUUUGGAAUGACGUGUAUGAAAUCGCAAUUCAAGACUUUGAAGAAAUUGUAAAACACCAAGACAUUUUUAAUUCUGAAUCAUUGCUAAACCAGUUAAACGGUAUCCUUGCAAAGCAAUCAGUCAAUUUUGAUUUGAAGGCAAUGGUCUCGCAGCUUCAAACGAAAUAUAAACUGUCACAGAAAUAUGACGAAUCAAUCAAUGUUAAUUUGAUGCUUUGGAAUGAUAUUUUUAAAUCAAUGCCUAAAAAUUUUGUACAGCUAGUGGUAAUUUAUUGCACGUAUCCUCGAUUAGACGUUAAUGUAUCAAAAGAUUCUAAGCAUUUGCUCAAACUGCCUUUUAGUGUUCAUCCUACAUCAAAAAAGCUUUCCGUGCCAAUAGAUAUCCGAAGUAUUGAUAGCUUCGACCCAAGUACGUGUAUUUCUUUGCAUGAACUUAGCACGAAUAUUGAGAAAUUUGAACGAGAGAUUCAACAGUACGUAGAACGUGCAAAGAUAUCAUUGUUUAGUGCUAGUAAAAAUAACUCGGUGGCUCAGCAUAAUGCAUCAUUAUCUUAUUCAAGUCAAGAUCUAUAUUUGAAUGGUUUUGAUUCUGGAUAA